AUGCUCAAGUUAUGGAAGAUUCAAAUUCGCAUAGAUAGCGAUGAGGAACUUGAAUUCCGUGACGAUCAACUUAUCAAAACGGGGAAGAUUAAUGAUUACUUUACUGACGAGCCACUUCGUAGAUAUAUUCACAUUAUUUUCAGACCACCUAUAUCUCCUGUUAAAUUUGAUCUUGUAUGUAAGUGGAAACUUUUGAAAGAAGGGGGAACUGUAGAAUACGUAGAUAAAAAUCAUAAUCUUAAGGCAACAUUGUGUGAAGGUGUUCUUUGCACAAAAGAUGAAAAGUAUUUUUCAUUUACAGAAUUUAUACGAGGAGCCAAAGGAUUAAAACCAAAUGAAAAAUCUAACCCCUUUGAUUUUCACAACUUAAAAAUUUACGAUAUGACUUAUGAGGAAGUUAAAGAUCUAAUCUACGAAUUGACAUACGAGCAACAUUAUUCUGAGAGUGAAGCCAAAAAUUUCCCACCGAAACAACAUGGAGUGUUUACGUGGUUGCUCACGAUUUUAGCCUACACAAAUGGAAAGAAGUCACAAACCAAUUAA